AGCUAAAUACGCUCAAUUCUUCCAUCCCGUUGUUACUGACGGGGCGACGCCUUUGGCCCUUGUGCUGCUCAGUGCUCUUUGCAGGUACUAAAUACACCAAAAGAUUUCGUUCCUAAGCCGUGAUUGGAGGAAAUCCAUAAAGUCCUCUUUUGUUCUAUUUGUCUUUAUUCCAUUUUCGAACCCUAAUUUCAACCUUAUCGCACAUCAACGAUUCAGCUUUCGCUGAAUCCCUCAGUAGUUUGAGGGGCUACAUAAUUUGUCCUGUAGACUGGGGUUGUGCGGAAUGGCAUCUGUAUCCAGUCAGCCACAGUUCCGUCUCACCCAACCUCCAUCUAAGGUGUUGCACUUGAGAAACUUGCCAUGGGAGUGCACGGAGGAGGAAUUGAUUGAGCUUGGGAAGCCCUUUGGUAAAGUUGUCAACACAAAGUGCAAUGUUGGAGCUAAUAGAAAUCAAGCUUUUAUAGAAUUUGCUGAUUUAAAUCAGGCUAUUGCAAUGAUAUCAUAUUAUGCUUCGUCAUCAGAGCCUGCUCAGGUACGGGGGAAGACAGUUUACCUGCAGUAUUCUAAUAGGCAAGAAAUAGUCAACAACAAAACAACAGCUGAUGUUGCCGGAAAUGUGUUGUUGGUAACCAUUGAAGGUGCAGAUGCACGCCUUGUCAGCAUUGAUGUUUUGCACCUGGUGUUUUCUGCAUUUGGGUUUGUGCAUAAGAUUACUACCUUUGAGAAGACGGCUGGAUUCCAGGCAUUGGUGCAAUUUUCUGAUGCAGAAACUGCCUCUUCUGCAAAAAAUGCCCUUGAUGGAAGAAACAUCCCUAGUUAUCUGCUUCCUGAGCAUAUUGGACCAUGUACCCUUAGGAUCACAUAUUCUGCUCAUACAGAUUUGAGUGUAAAAUUCCAGAGCCAUCGGAGCAGGGACUACACUAAUCCAAACCUGCCUGUUGCACCAUCAGCUAUAGAUGGAGGUGGUCUGUUCAGUGUGGGCCUUGAUGGAAAAAAACUAGAACCUGAGAGUAAUGUUCUACUGGCAUCAAUUGAGAACAUGCAAUAUGCUGUCACCUUGGAUGUUUUACACAUGGUUUUCUCUGCUUUUGGACCCGUGCAGAAGAUUGCAAUGUUUGACAAGAAUGGUGGACUUCAGGCUUUGAUUCAAUACCCUGAUGUUCAGACAGCUGUUCUAGCCAAAGAAGCAUUGGAAGGACACUGCAUCUAUGAUGGAGGGUUUUGCAAACUUCACAUCUCAUAUUCUCGCCAUCAUGAUCUUAGUAUAAAGGUUAAUAACGAUCGGAGUAGAGACUAUACAAUCCCUAAUACUGCCAUGUUGAACCCUCAGCCUUCUAUUCUUGGGCAUCAGCCUGUUUCUACAAUUGGUCCCCCUGCUCAUCCAUACAGUGGAACUCAGUUUGCUCCACCUACAGAGCAUCCAGCAAUGCCUCAACCUUCAGCUGGAUGGGCUGCAGGAGUACUAGCAGCGCCCCAUUCUAUGCUAGCACAGAUGAGUAAUCAGCCUUACUUGCCGCCUGGCGCUAUGCCACCCCAAAUGGGACCUGGAAUGAUGUCGAUGGCAGGCCCUAGCCGCCUACCACAGGGUGCUGCAAUGCCACCACCUUAUAGACCUGGCCAAAUGCAAUAGUCUGUAGUCUAUUAGUAGUUUUAUUUAUCAGUUUCAUGUUCAACAAUCUGCAAAAUGGACUUGUGUGGAUAUGCCUUUUGAAGGAGUGCCCUUCUACAACCCAAUCUAUCUGUGAAGUUCGAAGUGGUUUAAAUGUUUCUCUUUUUCAGCAAUUUUGGAGUUGAGAUUCUGUUAGCAGAAGUUUGAGAGCCUUUUGCUGGCCCAGCUCUAUUCUGAACCUUGUCUGUGUUUGAUUGGUAUUAUGAAGUUCUAAACAUUAAAAUGGUCACAUUUUACUUCUUUUACUAAAGUAUUAAUGCUCCUUAAUUAUAUUCGAGAAAAUUUGUAUUA